GCGUACCGAGACAACAUGCAUUUGUGUAAAGUUAUAUUGCUUGCGUUUAGGGCCACUUUUGCGAGUCUAAGUCCCAUAAUCCCUUUCAAUACUGCAUUCAGUGGCUUAAACUCGAACAAGUCUUCAAAGAGCUUAGUCUGUUGUUGCACGUCAUCGAGUAUUAGAAGUGCUAGCAACAUGGUCUCGUUCCGCAUACUCGACAAUUAUUUAUCAGUUGGUCUAAUCAUCAGCUUAAACGCUAUUCUACUCGCAGGUGCACCAUCAGAGCUUAAGUUAGUCAAUGUGGUAUUUAGACAUGGCGAUCGGACACCUGACAAUGGAAACGAAAUGUAUCCGAAUGAUCCCUAUUUAAAUUAUUCCUUCUUUCCGGAGGGCAUAGGACAAUUAACCAAUACGGGCAAAGACCGCGAGUAUGAAUUAGGACGAGUUUUGUACAGCAGAUAUAAGAAUUUCUUGGGAGAUCUGUACCUGCCAAAACUCGUCGUCGCUCACAGCUCCGAUUAUGAUAGAACAAAAAUGUCUUUGCAAUUGGUCCUCGCCUCCUUGUUUCCGCCAAGAGAUAAACUACAACGGUGGAAUCCUACUUUAAAUUGGCAACCGAUUCCGACCACAUACGUGCCACGUGUUGACGAUAAUUUUUUCUUGUCUGACGAAUGCCCACGAUACCUCAAUGAGUAUGAUCGAGUGCUAGAGUUGCCCGAAAUUAAAAAAAAAAUGUCUCACUUCAAAGGCAUGAUGAAUGAAUUAACAAAGCUAACCGGCAAGAAGAUCGAAAAGCCUCUGGAUAUGGCUAAUUUAUAUCAUACUUUUGUAGCGGAGUCAUCCAUGAAUUUGACUCUUCCUAAAUGGGCAUACGAUUAUUUCCCGGACGGUUCAUUAUUUGACGGAAUCAUAGCUGCAUACAAUAUUGGAAAUUAUUCUCCUUUAUUAAGGAGGCUAUAUGCUGGCCCGAUGAUUCGUAUCAUGACAGAGAAUAUGUUAGCGGUGUUAGCCAUACAAAAUGCAAACCGUACAAAGUUAAAAACGAAAAUUUAUUUAUACGGUGGUCACGAAACUAACAUCGCGACAUUGUUGCAUGCAUUCAAAGUAUACAAACCUCAUGUACCUGAAUAUUCUAGCGCAAUUAUUUUAGAAUUGUUACAGCAAAACAAUCAGUAUUAUGUAAAGCUUUUACAUUAUCGAGGCAUUCCAUCCAUUAUCGAUGAACUUACAAUCCCAGGUUGCAAAACACUCUGUCCUUUUAAAAAGUUUUCGUAUCUAAUUCGGAAUUUAAUUCCAUCUGACGAGGAAUUGGUUUGUGACAAGAGACAGACUUCAGAUUACGCAAAUACAAAAUAUCCUGCUACCUUGGAAAAUACGACGUACAAUUUAAUAAAAUCAAUAAUUUCUUUAAAUGAUACAGAUAGUAUCAUUUAUAUUAAUUAAAAUAUACAAAGUA